AGGGCUGUCUGCGACACAUUCAUUCAUCGAUGACACAUUCAUUCAUCCACAAUAAUUAAUAUAUAUAAUCUGUGGCAUACAUUCACACGUUCACUCAUUUUCAUUCAUUAUUCAUUCUAUCUAGCCAACAUGGCCUCACGCUGUACGUUCCAAUAAUAUUUUAUUAUAAUUGUUUAAAAACUAGAGUAAAUGUUUUAUGGAAAACUUCAAGCUUGUUUGAUUCAUCACGAACAAGAAUUGGCGACCGUGACAGGACCUGCAUCGAAGCGGAGCCAACAGCUGCUCAGUUGUUCUGCAUCGAGGACGCGUGGAUGGCGUCGACGACGCGUCGUCGACAAAAGACGAUCUAAUCUAAACCAGCAACGGGCCGUGUUGAAAAUCCAAGAUCACUGCGCCUGAAGUCCUGCUACCUAGUCUUCCUAGUCUAAUCUACUGCCUGGGUCGAAAAAACGCCGUCUUCGCCAAGCCAUUCUUAGAACUGCUGGGACCGCGGAAGCCCGAUCGAGCAAGGUCCACCAUAGAACGAGUUCAUAGCUACAUACGUGCUGCUGGCUACCUGUGGAUUGCAAAGGAUCAGUUUGGCUGCCUAUUUAAAGUGAGCUCGUUCCAUAUUACCAAUACGCCCAUUGUGUUGUCCCUUAAUCAGUGCAUUUAGCGAGCUUAGUUUCUCAGGUCAGGUGAAAUUCCUACGUUUCGAUUUGUGUCUAUUUUGCCUCACCAAAUUAACCUCUAGAGGUCUAAAUUUUCAGAGGAUUCACACAAAUUCGCCUAAUUAAUUUCACUUAUUCAGAUACUCGCCGCCAUCUUAAAAUUUUUCUUUUGUUUAUUCAAACUAAACAAUUUUUAUCAAAUCAUCCCACUAUUAUCGCUUCUUUCUCCCAUUUAUCACUCAAUUAAAUCUCUUACAUACUAAAUAUCUCCCGAGUUUUCAAAGUAAUAAACUUAUAAGCCGUCAUCGCUUCGUCAUACGAGUGAUUAGUUGUCGUUUUCAGUGCACUAAGACACACGGAUUAACCUGUUUCAGAGAUCGUGCGUUGUUAUUUAUAACACGGCAUCGCUUGAGCAUCGCUGUUAUCUGACUGCCGGCGCUCCCUCCGACCCAUCUUACCAUUGCAUUGCAAACGACGCGAGCCGUGAGCACCAGCUGAUCAACAAAGCGAGGAGCGUAUCGUAUGCUAUUAUAUCUAUUUCUUUAUCUAUUAACAUCUGUUUGUGUUAGCUCAUUGCGAGUUUAUUACAAUGUCUGAAUCUUUAAAGUUAAAGGAAUUGAUAACCAAACGCGGUUCUAUUAGAGGGCGCGUUACGAAAUUUAAGUUAAGUCUAGACAGUUUAGCUUUGGUAGAAUCCAUUUCAAAACUAGAAGUAGAUAAGCUCGCAUUGAAGUUAUCCAAAAUUGAGACGUUAUUCGUUGAAUUUGACGAGGUGCAGAAUCUUAUAGAAAUUAGUAACGAGGAAAACCAAAGCAGCGAGUUAGUUACUAGGUAUUUAAUAGAAAACGAUUUCUACCAUUGUAUAGCGACGGCCCAAAGCUUAAUUAAGAAACAUUCUGAAGUUGAGGAUAAUGAAAGUGAUUCUCAAAGUAAACCGUCUGUAGCUACGUGUCAUCAUAACGAUCACAGUUGUAAUGCAUUGGGUUUUAAGUUACCGGUUAUUAAAAUUCCAAACUUUGACGGUACGUAUUUCAAAUGGUUGGAAUUUAAGGAAACAUUUGUUUCGUUAGUUCACAAUAAUAAUAAGAUUGAAAGCAUUCAUAAAUAUCAUUACUUGCAAUCUUAUUUAGAGGGAGAAGCGGCUCGGGUGAUUGCUAACUUGGAGGUUUCUCAUAAUAAUUAUUCCGAAGCAUGGAAACUUUUAUGCGAACGGUACGACAACAAGCGUCAGUUGAUAAAUAACCACCUUAAAUCUUUGUUUAAUUUUAAUUAUAUUCAAGAAAAUGACAAGUCUUUAAGAUAUGUGAUUGACCACAUCACUAAAAACCUUCGUGCACUUAAUUCACUAGGGCUACCUACAGACAAAUGGGAUGUUUUAAUUAUAUACUUUAUCGCUGGUAAAUUAAGUUCUAGUACAUAUUUUAAAUGGGAAGAACAUAUAAAUAAUUUGAGUGACAUACCUUCGCUUAAUGAUUUCUUCAGUUUCCUUAAACGUCGCGCUGAUGUAUUAGAAACCGUUUAUCGCCAUAAACAUGACCCUCAAGAUAAUAAACAAAAACAAUUAUCUAGUAAUCAAAACAAACUUAAUAGUUCCAAGUCUUUGGUAGCGGCUGUGCCAAACGGAAACAACACUUCUUCUUCUAAAACACCGGAAUGUUUAUUUUGUAAAAAUAACCAUCGCUUAUAUGAGUGUCCAUCUUUCAAGUCCAUCUCAUUAGAGGAGAAGAUAACCUUUGUUUCUUCUAACAAAUUAUGUGAGAACUGUUUGAGACCUGGGCAUGUCGUUAAACGCUGUCGCCUCUCAGCUACAUGUCGUCAUUGUAAGCUACGGCAUAAUACUCUUCUUCACAAAUCAGAAGAAAAAGAAAUUUCUAAUUCAGUUAAUUCUGUUAGUAUGUCCUCAACAUGUUCUUCUGAAGUACUUUUGUGUACUGCUCGAGUAAAGGUUACCAACCCUGCCACAAACGAGACUAUGAUAGUGCGAGCUUUGCUCGACAGCGGGAGUCAGUUGACAAUUAUUACAGAGGCCGUGAAGCGUCAUCUAAACCUGAUUCCUCAGCCAUCAGACACUACCAUAGUAGGUAUUGGUAAUACUCAAUUAAAUAUUAACACAGAACGCUGUAUUCUACGCAUUCACUCUGAGACAAAUUCCUUUAAUGUGACAGUUUCAUGUUUAGUUUUGCCGCAAAUUACCGGCAACGUACCUAAAUCAAAAUUUGAUUUAAAACAAUUGAAUAUUCACGGUUUUCAGUUAGCAGACCCCACUUUAAAUGAACCAUCCCCAGUCAAUAUGUUGAUCGGUGCUGACUUAUUCUGGGAUAUUAUUAGUGCCCAGCAGCAUUCGUUAGGACAUGGUUUCCCUAAGCUUCAGGCUUCAAAGUUUGGAUGGCUCGUCACGGGUCCAUUGCCUUGUUUUAAUCAAAAUAAAACUGAGUCAGUCAUGUGCAACUUUGUCUCAAAAAACACUUCUAGUAACAUACACGAUGACUUAUCUAAGUUCUGGGAACUUGAGAAUUUUCCUCAAAAAAAGCCCCCGAGUAGCGAAGAAAAAUUGUGUGAGCAACAUUAUCUCGCCAACACUACUCGUACUAAUAUUGGUCAAUUCUGUGUAGGGUUGCCACUUCGUGACAGCAUAGAUUGUUUAGGCAAUUCCUAUAACUUAGCCAAAAAGAGAUUUUUCAAUUUAGAGGCUCGUUUUCGAAAGCAACCUGAAUUAAAACAAAAAUAUUGUCAAUUCAUAGACGAAUAUGAAGCGUUAGGUCACCUAUCCGAAUCACCGGAGUCUAGACCGUUAAAUGCCUAUUUCUUGCCCCACCACCCAGUGAUACGGGAACAAAGCGAGUCGACUAAGUUACGCGUUGUAUUUGACGCCUCGGCUCGCACUUCUUCUGGUGUUUCUGUAAACAAUUUACAAAUGGUGGGACCAGUAGUGCAAGAUCCAUUAUUUAAUAUAUUAAUUCGUUUCAGACAGCAUAAGUAUGUCCUGACAGGAGACAUAGAGAAAAUGUUUCGCUCAGUGCUUCUCAAAGAGUCUGAUCGCAAUCUUCAACUUAUACUGUGGCGGGAUAGUGAGGAUAAGCCUUUAAGGACACUUCGUUUAAACACCGUUACUUACGGCUUCGCUAGUGCUUCCUUUCUUACUACUCGUUCUCUUUGGCAGAUAGGCGAAGAAUGUUCAGAUCAGAAGAUCAAAACUAUAAUUCAAAGUGAUCUAUAUUGCGAUGACCUACUUACCGGUGCAAGCAGCGAGGAAGAGUUGCGUCACAUUCUUCUUUCAGUCUCUUCCGAGUUGGAAAAAGGAUGUUUCAUCUACGCAAAUAUCGGUCAAACUUACCCAAGUUACUCGCGGACUCCGUUGACCUGGAAAGUGGUAAUCUUAUGAUUAGUAAUGCAACUAGCACGCUAGGAAUAGGUUGGACGCCGUCUUCCGACGAAUUUCACUUUCAGCAUAAUGUUUCGGCUUCUGAAAAUGUCACAAAGAGAACUAUACUUUCCUCAACAUUUAAAAUAUUUGAUCCUCUUGGUCUUCUGUCUAUUUUCACAAUCAAACCUAAAAUAAUACUACAAGAGUUAUGGAGUCAUAAAAUGGAUUGGGAUGAACCAGUUCCUCCAGAAAUAAGGAAUUCCUGGUUAAAGUUUUCUACUAAAUCCUCAUGUUUGUCUUCUUUAAAAAUUCCUAGAUGUAUUUUAAUUGAUAACGCAUCUUUUGUACAGAUACAUUGUUUCUGUGACGCUUCGCAGCGGGCUUUUGGCAGCUGUAUUUAUCUGAGGUCUAUUUCUGCUAGUGGCGUUGUACAGGUCAACCUAGUAUGUGCAAAAUCGCGGGUUGCACCUAUCAAACCCACGACAAUACCACGGCUCGAACUCUGCGCUGCCCUAUUAGGAGCCCAACUAACUGCUACAGUUUUAGCCGCAUUACGUUGCCCUAUUGAGCGUCAAGUGUAUUGGACAGACUCUAAAGUUGUGUUAGGUUGGCUUAACUCUAAUAAAACCAAAACGUUUGUUGCCCACAGGGUAGCUGCUAUAAAUGAACUAUCAAACCCUUCAGACUGGCGUUAUGUUCCCACUUCUGUCAACCCGGCUGACCUAGUCUCGCGUGGUGUCGAUCCGGACCAAACAGAUCUCUCUAUAUGGUGGAACGGUCCAUCGUUCCUUUUGGAAUCCGAAGAUUCCUGGCCCGCCUAUACUGCGGACUCUAUAGAGUUGCCAGAGCUUAAGACCCAUCACACUUUAGGGGGGGAGGAUGCAUCUUCCAUGCCAGAUUUGUCUGAAAAUUUAGCAAAAUAUUCUAAUUUAACCACUCUUAUUCGGGUUCUAGCUAGAGUUUUAAGGUUCGUCAAAAACUGUAGAUCAAAUAUAAAAUCAAACAGAUUACGAGGUCCACUUCAAGUUUCUGAAUUAGAAAACGCCCACAGCGUCGCUAUAAAGUUAGCCCAGAAAGAUUCCUUUCCUAUAGAAUUAGAACAGCUAGGAAAAGGUAAAUCUUUAAAUUCUAAAGCCGCGCUCGCUUCUCUUAAUCCAUUUUUAGACGAAAAUGGAAUUUUAAGAGUCGGCGGACGCAUCGAGUCAUCUUCUUAUCAGUAUGACAAACGUCAUCCUAUUUUAUUACAUGCAAAUCAUUUUUUAACAAAAUUAAUUUUCAAACAGGAGCACCUACGCUUGUUGCACGCCGGUCCUCAGCAUCUCCUGGCAUCUAUUAGAGAACGUUAUUGGCCUGUAGGAGGCAAGAAUCUAGCCAGACGUGCAGCACGCGAAUGUGUAACCUGUCGUCGAUUCAAUGCUCGCACUAUGGAUAAUAUUAUGGGAAACUUACCUGCAGAUCGCGUUGAAACUGAUUUCCCCUUCUCCACUAUAGGUACCGACUUUGCCGGCCCAUUUCUUAUAACAGACCGCAAAGGGCGCGGCUGUAAAAUAACUAAAAGUUACCUAUGUAUCUUCAUUUGCUUUCGCUACAAAUGCGUUCAUUUAGAGUUAGUCAGCGACUUAUCAAUGGAGGCAUUUUUACUUACAUUAAAAAGAUUUAUAGCUCGUAGGGGUAAACCAAAGGUCAUCUACUGCGACAAUGGUAGAAAUUUCGUUGCAGCAGCCAAGGAAAUAAAUUCUUUCCUCGAGUCUAAUAGCGACUCCAUUAAAGACUCUGCAUCUCGCGAAGGCAUUGAAUUCCGCUUCUCACCAGCAUACGCUCCUCACUUUGGUGGUCUCUGGGAAGCCGGAGUCAAGUCAGCGAAAUUCCACUUAUACAGAGUCCUAAAAAAUAUUCACUUGACUCUCGAGGAAUUGAGUUCGCUGUUUGCUCAGAUCGAGGCGAUACUUAACAGCCGUCCUUUAUGUCCUUUAAGUCCCUCUCCACAAGACCUAUCUCCGCUCACCCCGGGCCACUUUAUAAUUGGUAGGCCACUAACGUCUUUGCCAUCACCGUACCUACUGGACUAUAGCACAAAUCGUCUAGACCGUUUUCAGCGAUUGGAGCAAGCUCGUCAGCACUUUUGGAAGCGAUGGUCAACAGAGUACGUCACGGAGCUCCAGCAACGCACAAAGUGGAAGGUGCGGUGUCGAGAACUGAAGGUAGACGACCUAGUCCUCAUCAAGGAUGAUGGGACUCCUCCCCUAUGUUGGCGCCUUGGAAGAGUCUCAAAGUUAUUUCCCGGUACUGACGGUGUGCCUCGCGUCGCUGAUGUAUCCACUUCACAAGGCACCGUACGACGAGCUAUCAACAGAUUGUGUUUGCUGCCUUCACCAGAUGACUGCACGGCAUAGAAUCUUGAAAGCUUCCUCUAGAGCUUUCAAGGCCCCCGAGGAUGUCUGCGACACAUUCAUUCAUCGAUGACACAUUCAUUCAUCCACAAUAAUUAAUAUAUAUAAUCUGUGGCAUACAUUCACACGUUCACUCAUUUUCAUUCAUUAUUCAUUCUAUCUAGCCAACAUGGCCUCACGCUGUACGUUCCAAUAAUAUUUUAUUAUAAUUGUUUAAAAACUAGAGUAAAUGUUUUAUGGAAAACUUCAA